AUGGCCGCAAGCCGUGGAGAACGGGCGAAUAUGAUGACGUCUGCUUCGAGGCGUCGCAAUAAAAGUGAAUCACCGAAAUAUGGUUACAACCUCGGCCGCUCAAUGCCAUAUCGUUCGAUCGCUCGCAAUAAUGUGCUACCACUGCACUCAUCAGCAAGCUCUACUUUACCGCCCGGUGCUUAUACGUCCUAUGGGCUUACCCCGACUACAACAACACCAUACCACGAAUCACAUCAUCUCAGCAGCAGCCAGGCCGCGCAUGCCAAUUUGCCAAGCUCAAGCACCAGCGUCGCUUCCUCAGCCAGUCCGCCGCCAUUUCACCGAACGCUGCCGGAACGGCGUUGCAUAGACUGCCGCCACACCACAGUAGCCAACAUCACGCCGGCCAUGCGACGGCAACAAUCGACGAAGAUGGCACCAGUCUCUUUUCGCCACUCUCACCUUGUGCGCCGCUUACCGCUGCCAUGGACAAGGACACUCACAUAUUCGUGUAUAAUGAGGCGAAAGCGAAGAAGACUCGUAAGCGUCUAAUUGCAAACCAUGUUGGCGAAAUUAUGGCUGAGGUACCGUGCCGCUUUUCAAUGAAUGUAAGCGAUGAGGAGGAUGUCAUUGGUUUGUUGGAUGAGGUGGAGCGGCGUCGACGUUGCUCUCGCACUGAUAGCAAGAAAUCCUGGAAGGGGAAGUGGGAGUGGUCGCUGAUGUGUUGAGUAGUGGCGUGGAAGAUGAAAACGGCGAAGAGGAUUAUCUAGAGUUGGAGAGUGGCAAAUGGAUGUCACAGGUA